UGAACCACCCGCCUACUGCAAUGAUAAAGCUUAGAAGUGCCAGGACAAAUCCAAUUAGAUUCAUCUAAAAGAAGAAGGUCACAUACACCUACAAUGCUUCGAAGGUCAGGCUGUCAGCUCACACAGCCUUGCAGUCACUGUGGCUGAUACUGAGCUCGUCUGCUGCUGCUCCGGAUGAUUAGCAGAGUGGCUGCACUCACGGACUUCCCUGAAUGACUUCCUCUGAAUGCCCCCGGGCUCCUUUACCCGAGCAAUUAGCCCUCAAUCUGAUUGAGGGCAGUCUCCAUCUCAGCCGGAAUCACUGUGCUACACCAUAUUUAAAUCAAUAUCAGUUUCUCUCCCACCAAUUACAACUUUUUGCUCAUUACUGGUGAUUCAAAUGAAACAAUCACUAAUCGGCCCGUUUGGCAGUGGAGCUAUUUUCUGCUCACGAGUUAUUAUGAGUCAUGUUAAAUUACUGCUGUACGUUUAUGGUGCGCACAACCUUUCCCUUGCUUUCCUCCAUUUAAUAACGGGGAAUAUCGAUUUAGGUUUUUAGCAUAAUGAUGAGGCAUAUAUUGCUAUGACUGAUAUAGAUCAUAACUGUCAUUGUCUUCUCAUCCAUGCUAUAGGCACACUGGAGAAGAUGUUCAACUGGGGAAUUGCAAAAAGUCUUGCAAAGGCUUUGGAAAUGGAGCAUGACUACGCAGUGGGAUUUGAAAAGCGUUUGGACUCUCCAUUCUACACCAGAACGGUGCUGCGGCAGCUGUUGGUAUACUGCUGAAAGAUCACAAGUGAAUCCAACAGGUGGUCACUUAUAACCAACUAAAUGUUCAAAUGAUGUGGGAUGUUUGGGUCUUCACUGAACUGUGCAUGAGAUCCUUUGGGAUCUACCUUCGAUUAAACACCUCAAUGCCCUAAACCCAAGGUAUCAGGCUAACAGUAGACUACCUGAACUUCGCGCAACCAUUUUGAUGAACUUUCUUCUUCAAUGCCAUCAUGCCAAUCAUCAGCAAUGCCAAUCAUGACUUCAGCAACCUCUCGGUCAGUGACGACAGCAGCUUGGACCACAUUUUUACAGAGAUUCCGGAAACUGAGACCGUCAAGGGAGUGUAUUAUCAACGUGCUCAGUUCAUUCGCCGACAGGAAGAUCUGCUUUCGGUGGACCACGGUCUGCAGGCCCUCAUCAAUGUGGGGGGCAACCGCUACACCUUUCCUUGGAGUACGUUGGAGCAGUUCCCCCUGACUCGUUUAGGACGUCUCAAACCCUGCAGCAGUCCCGAAGAGAUCGCUUGUGUUUGUGACGAUUACGAUGAGACACGCCAUGAAUUUUUCUUUGACCGUAGCCCCAGUGCGUUCCGUGUAAUCCUUAACUUCCUGGCAGCAGGAAAGCUACGGUUGUUACGGGAGAUGUGUGCUCUUUCACUGCAUGAGGAGCUCAACUAUUGGGGUGUAGAGAUGGCCUACAUGGAACGCUGCUGCAAGCGCAAGAUGUACACCCGCAUUGAGGAGGUUGCCGAGCUUGAGCGGCGCGAGGAGGAACGGCGUCAACACAGAAUGCAGCUACGCCCUCCUGCCGUGGAGACACGUUACCGAAAGAUCAUGAAUCAUUUGAGGGACAUGGUGGAGAACCCUCAGUCGGGUUUGCCGGGAAAGUUGUUUGCCUGUUUGUCCGUGUUGAUGGUGGCAGUGACAGUGAUCAGCCUGUGCAUCAGCACCAUGCCGGACCUCAGAGAGGAGGAGAGUAGGGGUGUGUGCUCCCAGAAAUGCUACAACAUGUUCAUCGUCGAGACGGUUUGUGUGGCCUGGUUCUCCCUGGAGUUUCUGCUUAGGUUCAUGCAGGCACGCAGCAAGCUGGUGUUUCUCCGUGGACCCUUGAACAUCAUCGACGCCAUGGCCAUCCUUCCCUACUACGUGUCUCUAGUAGUGGAAGAGAACCCCAGCAAUGAAUAUGAGCGACCCUCUGGUGGUAAGGGCUACCUGGACAAGCUCGGGCUGGUACUGCGGAUUCUGCGGGCCCUGCGGAUCCUGUACGUGAUGCGGCUGGCCCGUCAUUCUCUGGGCUUGCAGACGCUGGGGAUGACAGUGCGGCGGAGCACUCGCGAGUUUGGCCUGCUGCUGCUCUUUCUCUGCGUAGCCGUGACGCUCUUUUCGCCUCUGGUGCACCUUGCGGAAAGCGAGCUAACCGGAGUGCAGGAUUUCAGCAGCAUUCCUGCCUCUUACUGGUGGGCGAUCAUCUCCAUGACUACAGUGGGUUAUGGGGAUAUGGUACCUAGAAGCAUACCUGGUCAGGUGGUGGCACUCAGCAGCAUUCUGAGUGGGAUCCUAAUCAUGGCCUUCCCGGCCACUUCCAUCUUCCACAUGUUUUCCCGCUCAUACCAAGAGUUGAAACAGGAGCAUGACAGGCUCUUUAAAGAGGAGUGUGCGGCAGCUGCCGCAGCUACCGCAGGACCCGAUGACGAGCAGGAUGGAGGAUGGGUGGCCUUUCCUCCUCCUAGACUAGUUCUUACUCCAGACACAGAGACGCCUGGCUCUCUUGAAGACCUUUCUCUUCUCGGGAAUUGUGGAGAGACUUCCGGGAAUAACAAGCACCCGUUACCAGCUGGAGCCUUUUAAGUUAUGCACACGCAUUGUACUCUUCUCUAGAUGAAACCUGUUCUUCCGUGCCCUCAUAAUGAACCCUCUUGCAGUGGACAGGGUGACGUUAAAGGGCCUUGAAGUUAUUUUGUCUUCCAACAGCCACAAGCUGAUCAUUAAAGUACUAAUUCCUUCAUACUCA